UUACGCUGCCUGCUGAAAAAGCUUGAAAACUUCCCUCGAGUGUUGACAAGCAAAAAAGAGACUGAUCUAUCAGCUGAAAUGCAAGGUAUGCUGCAUAUGCUUGUUAGUAUUCUUAUCGUGCACUAUCUGUAAUUCUAGUGACAAGUAUGUCCCCUCUUUGUCACCUACUUGGAUCGUACAGCUUAGUUACCUAACGUUAAUUUGGUAACGUUAAAUGGUCAACAAGGAAAUCAAAUGGAAGACAUUUUCUGUCAUUGGCAUGUCAAGAUUAGUAAUCUUUCAAGCUGGCCAGUGCUCUCAAAAAGGGUUAACAGCUACUGGGCAUGAAGACUUUUGAGCCAACCCUGAUGAGCAGACAGUAACAGAACUUUCAGCGGGGAUGUAACAAAAGCCUGCACACCCAAAGGCUCUCAGCAAGAAUGCCAUUCACAGUGUGACUAUGAUGAGACAGAGAAUGUCACAGAAUAGCUAUUACAUUUAUAUUUCAGUUCUCUCUUAUCUCCCAUCUUUUAGAGUUGAGUCACAUCUAAAACAUUCGACUGCUGUGGAGAAUGCAUUUGACUAGGCCAAAGUCCUCGAAAGGGCGUAGUCGACCCAACCUGAGUCACACGCCAAACAUGGAUGUGGCUGACAGCUUCCACAACACACCACUGAUCCCGAAGCCUCCUUCAAUGGGCUACGACAGGUCAGAUCGUUGCCUCCGCUCCCGCUCUCAAUCCCUCUUCAGGCAGAGCAGCCAGCUGAGCGUGAAACAAGACCCAGACUACCUAGAUACUGUUCCCAAGGUACCCUCUCUUCCCUUCCCUUGGAACAAAUACAAGCCCCUCCCCUCUAUUGAGAAGAAGAUGUCAGAGGAGGGUGUCUCUUUGAGGGGCAUGGAGGAGAAGACAUCCAAGCUCAGUCUGUCCGACAGCCUCAUUGUCCAGGCUCGGCAAGGGCACGGGGAGCAUCAGCUGUCCUCAGUGAGGACCCGAGCAGAAUCCCGGAGCAACCCGGAGAUAGGCAACGUGUCAGAGGUGCUUUGCAAGGUCUGCCCCACUCCCAACCUCAGCGUGAUGGCCACAACCCCAGAGGCAGAAAGCCCACCAUUAUUCUCCCCUGGCAGUCCUGAUCCUUUGAGCUUACUCCUUGCCAUCCGGGCUCCGUGUGGUAGGAGGUUUGAGUACCACUUCCUACCCACAGACACCCUACUGACGGUGCUUGCCAGUGCAGAGGCCAGGUAUGAGGCCAGAUAUGAGCAUAGUUAUAUUGAGAUCGUGGAUGGCUACGUUAAGAGUGUUGUGGAUAGACCCCUCCGAAGGACAUUCACAGACCUGAACAUGACUUUGGCCCAAUGUGGCAUCUUAAAUAGAUCAGUACUGUGCAUCUUUCAGGAGGAUAUGGACUCUGCCUGAACUCAAGAUGGAUGACACAGUAUAACAAACAUUAAAGUUAUGACAAGUAGGCCUAUAUAUUAUAUUAACAAUGAAGCCAUAUGUUUUUAGAGGAAAGAGUGCUUGUUUCCAUUGUAAAGAGGAGCUUAGGAAGGUGUGUUUUGCAU